GGUAGCAAUGAGUAAUGCUACUACUGCAGCAACUGCUGCGAACUCAACUGGUCAAGGGCUAGGUAUGCCUACCAGUUCACAGUCAAUCUCCAGUACGUCAGGGGUUGGCACUAGUCAGAUGGCGGGCUCGCAGUUCAGCUUGCCACCUCCACGCACCCGGGAGCAGAUGGAGCUCCAACAAGUAGAGAGGAUCCGCUUGAGGCUAGAGGAGGAACUUAGGCAGGCUACUAAACGAGAGAAAGAGAUCAAAGAAAGAAGUGUCAGAUUAGAGGGCAGGGAGGCAGACAUGGCUGCGCUAGAGGCACUAGAGGACUCCGCACUCAACACUACAGGAAAGAUCCUGAAGGCAAGUGUCCUAUCCAUGCAUGCGUACAUAGAUAGUAAAAUGGACGCAAUGCAGGAUGACCAGAUUCUGCAAGCGCUGCAUAAGCCAGGGAUCCGGCCAGCAGCUUUACCAUCGCUGCCACUCUCAGCGAUGACAAGCCUCUAUGCAGCUCAGUCAGGACCACCACCAAGUGUAUCAUCAACAGUAGCUCUAUCUCAGACUGUUGCUUCUUCAUCUUCUGGUCCAGCGACUGUUGCUACACCACAGUCGCCACCUGUCUCGCAACCGGGACAGCAAUAUCCUUGGUACCCCAAGACCCCAUUGAACCCACCUGCAACCUUCUCAGGAGACAAGAAGAAUGAAGCUCUCGACACAUGGUUGAGAACGGUGCCAGUGUGGGUGAGGGCAAAAAGGACACUGGUAGAAGAGGAAGUGAUUAUUGCUGCAUCCUACUUAGAGGGUUCAACAGCCCACUGGUUAAAUGGAUUGGUAGCUUCAAAGGGCUUCGGCAGGAACAUGCAUGAUUGGGCGCAGACCCACACAUUAGAAAACUUUAUGGACUUAGUGGAGGCUCGUUGGCACAACCCUCAGCGGGCAAAGAUUGCCACUGAUGGGGUCUUGAAACUUGUUACUAGAAAGUACAAGUCUGUGCGAGAACUCACCACCGCCGUAGAGCGCCUGAUCGUCGUCCCGGGAGUGGAGUACAAUCCACAGGUCUUGCUGACCAUGUUCCUGAGAUGUCUUCCCACAGACAUUAGGAAUCUAUUAGCCAGCGAGGCUCGCAGAGAGUAUCACACAUUUGAGUCAUUCAGCAAGAAGGCCCUAGACUUAGAGGCUACGUUGGGUGGAUCUCAAACCCCUUCUACGGAUGGGAGAAAGAAGAAGACUCCGCAAGAGUGGAAGAAGAAGGGUAGUCGAUUGAUGAUGGUUGAUUCCGAUGGGAAUCAAACCAAGAUCGAUGAUGUUUAUGAUCUUGUGGAGAGUGCAGAGUUUGACGGCUAGGAGAGUGUUGAGGGUAGCAACCUCGCCGCCAUAGUUAAGACUAAGGCAGGUGGCCGCGGCAAGGGCGGUCAACAAAGGGGUCAGGGGCAG